AUGGUUUAUCCGUCGACGCUCAUUUGUCACGUCAACCGAAUUGCUAAAACGCUGCCUUUCCCAACGGUAAGAGUGUCGACCUCAGCAUCGUUCAAACCUAACCGUAACGGUUUGCUUCUUCGAAAUGCAAGAAACACAUCAACGAGCACGACCCAAAACAAUUCCAGUGGCCCGCUCAGAGGAAUCCGGAUCCUGGACUUCAGCCGCAUACUGGCAGGGCCUUUCUGCACACAGAUUCUGGCUGACUAUGGUGCGGACGUGAUUAAGGUCGAGCAAGCCGGAGCAGGCGACGAAACCCGUACGUGGCAGGGAAAAGGCGAAGCAGCGCACUGGAAGCCAGAAGCAGGACCGACGAGCUUCUACUUUGCCGCCAUUAACCGGAACAAGCGAAGUCUUACCUUGGAUCUUAAGAAGCCGGAGGCUCUAGAGAUCGUGAAAAAGCUCGUCGCAAACGUCGAUGUGGUUGUUGAGAAUUUCGUUCCGGGAGGUGCAGCUCGACUCGGAGUCGGUUACGACGACUUGAAACAGCUGAAUCCCCGGCUGGUCUAUGCAAGCGUCUCCGGCUACGGAUCAUCCGGCCCUUACGCCAAGCGCGCAGGCUACGAUGCAAUCGCAGCCGCUGAGGGCGGUUUGAUGCAUAUCACGGGCAGUCCAGAUGGCGGGCCUGUGCGACCAGGGCUCGGCAUGACCGAUAUGUCAACUGGCUUGUACACGCAUGGCGCCAUACUUGCGGCAUUGUGGCAUCGAGACAAGACCGGCGAAGGGCAGUACAUUUCGGCCAGCCUCUUUGAGACCCAGCUGUCGUUACUCAUCAACGUGGGCGCCAACUGGCUGAACAUGGCUGUAGAUGGUAAGCGAUUCGGUGCAGCACACCCCAGCAUCGUUCCCUACAAUACCUGGAAGUGCAAAGACGGCGUCUGGCUUGCUUUAGCUGCGAACAACGAUCGGCAGUUCAAGGUGUUGGCAAAGACAAUCGGACGCGAUGAGCUUCCCAAAGAUCCGCGCUUCGCCACGAAUGCUGCGCGCGUGGAGCAUCGGCCAUCAAUGGACGAGAUCUUUGAUGCUGUAUUCGCAUCCCGAACGUCCGACGAGUGGCUGCAAGUUCUGGAGGGCUCAAAUCUGGCAUAUGGUCCUGUGAACAGCAUCGAGAAAGCCUUUCAGCACCCUCAAGCAGUGGCUAGAGACAUGGUGCAGCCAAUGAUUUGGGGGUCCACCACGAGCGGCGAGUGGAAGGGCAUUGGACCUGCCGUGAAGUUCAGCGCGACCAAGGCAAGCAUCAGGGAUCGGCCACCAGCGUUGGGCGAGCACACAGCGGAAGUGCUCGCUGAAGCAGGUUAUAGCGGGGACGAAGUCCGUUCACUGAGAGAUAGAGGCGUGAUAUGA